AUUAUCUAAAAUCACCAAACGACGACGUUUCAUACAAGGAAGAAUCCAGAACCCAUUUCUUUUCCCCAUUAACACGCUGACCUCUCGGUGAAGAAGGGACUAGAAGAACCUCUUCAAAUCCCCCACUAUAUAAACUUAUCACCCCACGUCCUGCUUGCUCAUCUAAAAAAACUCUCGAUAAUUAUCAAUUAAAGCAUUCUCGCAACGCUUUCUAAAAAUCCGCUCGUUAUUUCUCAAUACUCUGUUUUAUUCGCUGUUGAAUUUCGUGUGAAUUAGUGUUUGGAAAUGGCAGACGUUCAAAUGGGUGACGCUGAGACCUUUGCUUUUCAAGCUGAGAUCAACCAGCUUCUGAGUUUGAUCAUCAACACUUUUUACAGCAACAAGGAGAUUUUCCUUCGUGAGCUCAUCAGCAAUGCCUCUGAUGCUUUGGACAAGAUUCGAUUUGAGAGCUUGACUGACAAGAGCAAGCUUGAUGCUCAACCGGAGUUGUUCAUCAGGCUUGUUCCUGACAAGGUUAACAAGACCCUGUCCAUUAUCGACAGCGGUAUUGGCAUGACCAAAGCAGACUUGGUGAACAAUUUGGGCACCAUUGCAAGAUCUGGAACCAAGGAGUUUAUGGAGGCAUUGCAGGCUGGAGCUGAUGUUAGCAUGAUUGGUCAAUUCGGAGUCGGAUUCUAUUCUGCUUAUCUUGUGGCAGAGAAGGUCAUUGUGACUACAAAACACAAUGAUGAUGAGCAAUAUGUUUGGGAAUCACAGGCUGGUGGUUCUUUCACUGUUACGAGGGAUGUCGACGGGGAGAAGCUCGGUCGGGGCACCAAGAUUACCCUCUUCUUGAAGGAGGAUCAGCUUGAUUACUUGGAAGAGAGGAGGAUUAAGGACCUAGUGAAGAAGCAUUCCGAAUUCAUCAGCUAUCCUAUAUAUUUGUGGACUGAGAAAACAACUGAGAAAGAAAUUAGUGACGACGAAGAUGAUGAACCCAAGAAGGAAGAGGAAGGUGACGUGGAAGAAGUCGACGAGGAGAAGGAGACCUCUUCAAAGAAGAAGAAGAUCAAAGAAGUUUCUCAUGAAUGGGAGCUUAUCAACAAGCAAAAACCAAUCUGGUUGAGAAAACCUGAGGAGAUCACCAAGGAUGAAUAUGCUGCAUUCUAUAAGAGCUUGACUAAUGAUUGGGAGGAGCAUUUGGCUGUCAAGCAUUUCGCAGUUGAGGGUCAGCUCGAAUUCAAGGCCAUUCUCUUUGUUCCGAAGAGAGCUCCGUUCGAUCUCUUCGACACGCGGAAGAAGAUGAACAACAUCAAGCUUUAUGUCAGGAGAGUGUUCAUCAUGGACAAUUGUGAAGAGCUCAUCCCUGAGUACCUCGGAUUUGUCAAGGGUGUGGUUGAUUCUGAUGAUCUCCCACUCAACAUUUCUCGUGAGACGCUUCAGCAGAACAAGAUCCUGAAGGUGAUCAGGAAGAAUCUCGUGAAGAAAUGUAUCGAGAUGUUCAAUGAGAUUGCAGAGAAUAAAGAUGACUAUAACAAAUUCUAUGAGAGUUUCUCAAAGAAUUUGAAGUUGGGUAUCCAUGAGGACAGCCAGAACAGAUCAAAAUUGGCUGAUUUGCUUCGGUACCACUCUACCAAGAGUGGAGAUGAGAUGACAAGCUUCAAGGACUAUGUUACUAGGAUGAAGGAGGGUCAGAAGGAUAUCUUUUACAUUACUGGUGAAAGCAAGAAGGCCGUCGAGAACUCGCCAUUCCUAGAGAGGCUCAAGAAGAAAGGCUAUGAAGUUCUUUUCAUGGUGGAUGCUAUUGAUGAGUAUGCUGUUGGGCAGUUAAAGGAGUACGAUGGGAAGAAGCUGGUUUCUGCUACAAAAGAAGGGUUGAAGCUCGACGAUGAGACCGAGGAAGAGAAGAAGAAAAAGGAGGAGAAAAAGCAGUCCUUUGAGAAUCUCUGCAAGACUAUUAAGGAAAUUUUGGGAGAUAAAAUUGAGAAGGUGGUGGUUUCUGAUCGGAUUGUUGACUCUCCGUGCUGUUUGGUGACUGGAGAAUAUGGCUGGACUGCAAACAUGGAGAGGAUUAUGAAGGCCCAGGCAUUGAGAGACAGCAGCAUGGGAUCUUACAUGUCCAGCAAAAAGACUAUGGAGAUUAAUCCUGACAAUGGGAUUAUGGAGGAGUUGCGGAAGAGGGCUGAGGCUGAUAAGAAUGACAAAUCCGUGAAGGAUCUCGUGCUAUUGCUGUUUGAAACUGCUCUAUUAACCUCUGGUUUCAGUCUUGAGGACCCGAACACAUUUGCUGCUCGGAUUCACAGGAUGUUGAAGUUAGGUUUGAGCAUCGAAGAGGACGAUACUGCUGAUGAUGAUGCUGACAUGCCUGCUUUGGAGGAAGCUGAUGCUGAGGAGAGUAAGAUGGAGGAAGUUGACUAAGGUUCCAGUUGUGGAGUUUUUUAAGGCUUGGAGAUGAGGUCUUUGUGGGUCUGUGUCAUAAUUGUCCUUGUUUUCCCCUGUUGAUGUCCUUUGUCAAAUUUUGAAGUUUUGGGUGUGCUGGUCUUACCAUUGUAAAGCAGACUUAUGUUUCGUAGUCUUUUUAAUUUAAAAUCUUUAUAAUCUGGUUC